ACGCCCACUGCCAAAAACUUGCCAUAUCAACUCGGUCUUGCAGCCUCACCACUAAUCGCUUGAGGUUAUCGAAGAGGUGGAUUAGAUUGUCCAGCAGAUGGAGCUCGGGUGGGUCGACCAGGACCUGCUGAAUUACUCUCUCAGCCCUGGCACGCGCAUCCUCCCACUCCUGCAUUUCGAAACGAGAGACUUCCGAGAAAGGGACCAUGGGAGGCUGCGCCUGGACAGAGCUCUCGGCCGAGGGCGGCUCGGGGUUGCCAAUGGCACCUGGGUCACUCGUUAGUAACAGGGGGGUGGUGCGGUCUCGUUGGUCGACAAAGACGUACUCGGGUGCGCAUCAUUGCCUGAGAGAUGCUGCUCAUCUUGGGCAGCGACCUUGUCAUCGUCGGCAGAGACAUGUUCAUCGGAAGAAAGGGAGGUAUGGUCCUUCUCCUCCUUCUUGACAGAGACAUGGUCAUCG